AGACUCACGCGGGCUUUUGAGGGUAGACGCCGUAGCUUCGCUUGGCGCGAAGAAGUAGGAGCCCUCAAUGCCCAUGAUCCGAUGCUGAACCGCUGGCUGCUCGUCUCUUUCUGCGUGCUCAUCUCCGCCGAACGGCCGAGUGCAGAUGAAGUCUCAUGGAUGCAGAGCUCCAGACUACCUGGCCCUUCCAGGCAGAACGUGAGCAACGAGACGAGAGCUAGUUCUCUAUUUGCAGGUGCGGAAGGACGCUUCCUGGAGCUCGCGCACCACAUACGGGUCCUGGGGUGGUCCUAGCUCAGAUUGCCAGCAAGGUGGAUGGCACUGAUACCACGGUGAUUUUUCUCCUCUUUGGAGCGAUGCUCCUAUGCUUCUUCGGCUUGCUCUGGUGCUUCGCUCAAGUGGCUUUCCAGGAGAUCUUCAAGUCGGAGCCGAACGAGGCCGAGCACGUCGUCCCGCCCCGAAGUGUGCAGGUGCCCUUUGUGGAGCCAGCGGAGAGCAUCAAGCAAGAGGCUUUGCCCGCCAUGUGUCCACAGCUCCUGUCGGCCAUGCACGCGCCCUUCAUCGUACUGCGACGGCAUCUGUGCCAGGACAGCGAUGGCGGUUGGUCUCUGAACAUCUUCUCCCAGAACUCUCAUCGAGUGCUUCUCUCUGCCACGCUGCAGCUGCGGGACUCGCAGCGGAAAUCCAGCUGCGUGGAGGUGCGGCACUUGGAGAAAGACGAGCUUCUUGGGACCGUCACGUCCAACCUCGAAGUCCUGCUUCCGGACGGCCGAACGUAUGGUCGGCUGCUGGCGCACAAGGGAGCGUACUUGCUCCAAGAAGAGAAUGGCCGCGAAGCACGAUGGUCCAUGGCAGCAGAGGAAGGGCGGAUCUCUAUCAUCUGGCUGCCAAGGAGGGGGGUCCGGCACCCGGGUGUUGCAAGACCUCAAAGACGGUCUGCACAAGCUAGGUGGACGACCCACACACCACCGGAGCAGGGGCACCUUGCUUGCGACUGCCGUUCGUCCCGAAGGAUCGAAUGGACACAGGCUGGAGGUGACGAACAUCUCGGGCGUGGAUCCGGUCUUGGUCCUGCUCUGCUCCCUGGGGGUAGUGACCUUUGAUGGAAUCCUUGGGCUGGUUGAACCGGAACAGUUCAAAGCAGAGAAGACAGGAGGCGCCGCUUGGGACCCCUCGCCGGGGCUGAACAGCCUGCCCUCGCCCUUCUCCCCCGGCACGUCCAGCGGAGCUCGCGCCUGAGCGCGCGCGUGUGCUCGCGGUCCCGCGGUCCCGGUGGGAACGAAGUCGACGUCCGUCUCCAAAGAGAGAGCGCCCGGCCGAAAAC